AUGCCACCUUUAAUGCUGGUUGGUGCCACCAACCGUGACCAAAGGCCUGUCCCGACGGCCUUUCAGGGCUAUGCCUCUGUCCUGCUGAACAAGGUCGCCGGCAAGCCGGAACCGGAGAUGCUCCGUAUCCCAAACUUGAGCCAGCGUGGCUUCGAAGUGAUAGAGGCAGCCAAGAAGAAGAUUGAGGAAAGAUGUCCGGGUGUCGUCUCUUGCGCUGACAUCCUCGCCUUUGCAGGCCGUGACGCCAGCAAGUUACUCAGCGGCUACAAAAUAAACUUCACCAUGCCAGCCGGCUGUUACGACGGAUUGUUGUCCCUCAAAGAGGAGACCCUCCCCAACCUGCCCCCACCCUUCACUAACCUCACUACCCUGACACAAAUGUUCGCCAACAUCGGCCGCUCACACUGCUCCUCCUUCCGAGACCGUCUCCAGCCGCCGGCCAACGACAACUCCACCACGUCGAUGGAUGCCACAUACUCUGGGAAGCUGACCCAGGACUGCCCUGCCGGCAGUGAUCCCACGGUGCCGCAGGACUACAAGACCCCCGACGUGUUGGACAACCAGUACUACAGGAACAUGAUGGAUCGCAGAGCGCUCUUCACCUCCGACGCAACGCUCAUGACGUCACCAAAGACCAAGGAGUUGGUGAAAAAGUACACUUGGUGGUUGAUCGGAGAUUUCUUGUGGUACAAACAUUUCGAGGAUGCCAUGGUGAAGAUGGGCAAUAUCGAGGUGAAGAACAGCACCAAUGGCCAGAUCAGGAAGAAGAGCGGGUUCGUCAACGAGCACUACACCGGUUGA